AUGGAUUCUCCGGUUCCGACUAUCUCAGUUGGUACGUCUGCGUUGGACGCUCUACAAGACCUUGAUCCCCACCCAAGUCCAAGGUCAAGCCCGCAUUUCCCUACCUACGCAAGGCCUCGCCAGCAACACACUCUAAACUAUUCGCGUCCACACCCACCAAUACAAAUUCACGGCGCCCAAGCCCAAGACAAAACUCAAACGCAUGUACGGCAGCUCCUCUCCGUAGUCGACUUACUCGCACGACAAGAGCGCGAGGUGCGUGGACGGACACAGCAAGGACAACAUCACCAUGUUCGAGAUGGGGUGGUGGUGGAGAGUUCAGGAUUGGAUGCGGAUACGGAGGCAGCAUGGUGCUCUUUUCUGCUAGACCUGCAUGCGCAUAUGACUGCCUGGAGUCUGACACAACCUGCAGACCCCUUAGAUGGUCGCGAGACGAUAAAUUCGACACUAUGGAUGAAGGAUGAUGUCGAACCUCUUCUACGCAUCUUUGCCGGGUGCAUCAUUGGCAUCGUCCUAAUGUCUGCGGCUGUCUUAAAGAGUAUCAGUCUACGGAAGUUAAUGUUCAAAUCAUCAGAUCAAGCCGAACGAAGUGGUGUCAGAGUUGAGCUCAGGCUAUCACACUCCCCCUGCUUCGCGCAUGCGGAACACAACGGAGUUCACGCGCGAAGGCCGAAGGUGCUUGAAAUUCUUGAUGACGACAAGCUCGAUCGAGAGUGGGUCGUGCGAAACGUCCUCGAUGGUAUGGCCGCUGGAUUCGGCUUGCAAGUUGUGCUGAAUAUCUAA